UGCCAGCCCCGCCCGGAGAGUACACAGGUUGCUUGAAUUUAGCAGACAGUAGCCUCAAUCGUUGGUCACAUGACGGACGUUUUCCGUGAUCAUACUAAACGAAAUGACCUAAACAAGAAUAGUGAGAAGAGGCGUCUGCAUCUCAUAUAGCCAAGCUGUAGUACUACACCGAAGCCCAAUAAGCAACAACCUUGGCCGUUGCUACCUCGCUGGUAGGAACAUCUAACAGGAUUCAAUUAAAUUAUUGGUUUAUGCCAGCAGAACAGCAAAUAUUAACAUUAUUUGGGGACUAUUUUGCUGAACCACAUGUGGACAACAUUGAGGAACCCCCGACCUGGGUUUACUAAUAAGCUAGCUAGCUAUUCAGUCUUGUGGAACGAGACCAAGAAAAAACCUGCGGGUACUACUGGAGCAAAGAACUAGGAAGCUAGCUAUUGAACGUGAUCAAAGUAAUCUUGUUGUAAUAUUCGUUACUAUUUUGCUCAUUCUCGACAUCUAACGUUACAUCUAGUUAACUAAUCACGGUAGCCAAUACAAAUACGAAUCAAUCUUCUUCAGAACCGAGACCAGCCAGGUGAUCUUUUGAGGAUGAACCACCUGUCCCUCAGCGAGCUGUGCUGCCUGUUCUGCUGCCCGCCGUGCCCCAGCAAGAUCGCCUCCAAGCUGGCCUUCCUGCCCCCGGAGCCCACCUACAGCCUGAUGAGCGACGACAGUGGCAGCCGCUGGACCCUGCACCUGUCGGAGCGCGCCGACUGGCAGUACUCGGCCCGCGAGAAGGACGCCAUCGAGUGCUUCAUGACGCGCACGGCCCGCGGCAACCGCAUCGCCUGCAUGUUCGUGCGCUGCUCGCCGAGCGCCCGCUACACGCUGCUGUUCUCCCACGGCAACGCGGUGGACCUGGGCCAAAUGAGCAGCUUCUACAUCGGCCUGGGCUCCCGGAUCAACUGCAACGUGUUCUCGUACGACUACUCGGGCUACGGCGCCAGCUCCGGGAAGCCCUCCGAGAAGAACCUGUACGCCGAUGUGGACGCCGCCUGGCAGGCCCUGCGCACACGGUACGGUAUCCGCCCGGAGAACGUGAUCGUGUACGGGCAGAGCAUCGGCACGGUGCCGUCGGUGGACCUGGCGGCUCGCUACGAGAGCGCCGCCGUGGUGCUGCACUCCCCCCUCACCUCCGGCAUGAGGGUGGCCUUCCCCGACACCAAGAAGACCUACUGCUUCGACGCCUUCCCCAACAUCGAUAAGAUCUCCAAGGUGACGUCCCCGGUGCUGGUGAUCCACGGGACGGAGGACGAGGUGAUCGACUUCUCCCACGGCCUGGCGCUGUACGAGCGCUGCCAGCGGCCCGUGGAGCCGCUCUGGGUGGAGGGGGCGGGCCACAACGAUGUGGAGCUCUACGGACAGUACCUGGAGCGCUUGAAACAGUUUGUGGCGCACGAGCUCGCCAACUUGUAAGAGAGGGGGCGAGGAAGAGAGAG